CCUGUCACUUUAAGAUGGUUAAAUCUGCCUGUCAUAUCCUACACUCCCGCCUACAUGGUAUAAAGCAGCCUAUCAGCUCACAGCGCACGUGACGAGCGUUCUAUGCGAUGACCUCAUCCCUGGAGUGGGAUGACGUCAAAUUCAAGAUGGAUGGAAUCACGACUACCACACACUCAACAUAAUUCUGAUAUAAAGUCUUUAGUGUGCUGCGUGGAAACAGAACGAAUACAUAGGGUCAGAAUGGAGAGUCUGGUGCACUAUAGUAAUCCCUCCCAUGGCCUCUCGGUCCUGGGGAUGCUCAAUGAGCAGCGCCUGAAGGGGCAGCUCUGUGACACAGUCUUGGUUGUCGGGGAUCAGAGGUACCAAGCCCACAGGAGUGUGCUUGCUGCCAGCAGUGAGUAUUUCCAAUCCCUGUUCACACGGAGGCUGUCUGACACCCACAAAGUGAUACAGUUGGACUUCUGUGAGCCUGAGGCCUUUGAGGUAGUGCUGAAUUACAUAUACUCAUCCUCCCUCUUCGUGGACAGAGGCAGCCUGGCAGUCAUCCAGGAGAUGGGAUACAGUCUAGGAAUCCCCUUUCUAACCAACAUCAUGUCAACAAGGCCGCAUGUGUCCUACUGCGUCUCCAGAAAAAGGUUGUCCUUCUCAGAGGAAGAUGACAACGACAGCCAGCCGAGGAGUGUCAUUAUGCGCCAGAACCGAGGUGGUGAUUCUCCUGGCCCCAGUCGCUACAGUUCAAAUUAUCAAGGAGAGCCCUCAGGACACAGGAAUCCAAACGAACCAGCCAGGAACACUGCAUCCAAUCCCAGAAAAUCAUCUGAAGCAACUAGUGAGGCUUCUGAUAGCAAGCCCAUCAGUUCAUAUGCCUCCAUCUUAAAGGGGAAGACAUCAUCACGUACAGGGUCAUCAGUAAGGCCCCAGCUCACCUCCUCAGUCUCCUUCAGUGAAUCUCCAACAGUCAUGUUACAGACUGAGUCUGAUCUCAGCACUAAAGAAGAGGAGGUGGAGCAGAGGCUCUACAGACCCAAAUCAAAUUUUCAGGGCUCGGCAGGGGAGCCUAUCCAGACCAUUGACAGGAGUGGCCCACUCAUAAAAAGCCUGCUGCGCAGGUCAUUAUCCAUGGACAGUCCCGUCCCGGUCUUCUCCCCAACGCUGGAGCUCAAUAAGCUGCAAGGCCGAGAACAGUCUGUUGUUAAGAUGGUGGCAAAGACAGAGGAAGGGACUCAGAGUGAGCACAAACACAGUGUGAAAGUGGUUCCGCCACUUCUUCUCAGGUCAAGGCACCCCAGUAGGUAUGAUGAUGAAGAAGAAACUCAGGGAGAGGUGUUCCAUGUGAAGACAGAACCUAGCAGCCCACUGUCUGACCCCUCAGAGAUCAUUAGAAUCACAGUAGGAGAUUCUCUACCAGUAAACCUAAAAGACAUUGAAAUUAAUUUUGACCAAGGACCUACUAAGGCAUUUUAUAAUCUCCCUGGAAAGAGAAAGGUGAGAAGAGACAACAGAAGGUACCCAUUCAAAAAGUCCAAAGGUGUGAACAAACAUGAUUUACCACGUGAAGAUGAAAAUAACAUGUCAGAAUCUGUACCUCACAACUCCAACAUGGACGACAAUGAUGGAGACUGGACUGAUGAGCCCAGGCAGAGCAAGAUGUUUAAAUGCUGGAACUGUUUAAAAGUGUUCAGAUCCAAAGCUGGACUGCACCGCCAUGUUAACAUGUAUCACAACCCAGAUAAGCCAUAUGCUUGUGACAUCUGCCACAAACGCUUCCACACCAACUUCAAAGUCUGGACCCACUGCCAAACCCAGCACGGAGUGGUACAAAACCCUGCUUCAUCCUCCAGCUCGUUCCAGCUGGAUGAAAAGUUUCAGAGGAAGCUGAUUGAUAUUGUGCGAGAGAGAGAAAUAAAGAAAGCCUUGCUCAUGAAGCUGAGAAGGAAUAAGCAGGGUUCGCAGUCUCAGGUGUUUGCCAAAAAAGGUGGCCUGAGGUCCAGGUCAAAUUUGAUAUGCCCUUACUGUGGGAAAACGUUUUUGUUUCUGUCUCAGUUCAAGCAGCAUUUGAAGACACACCCUGCAGAGAGAGCCAACCAAGAGACUGAGAGAGAGAGCAGUCUCUGCCAAAAGGACCAGGACCAGCCCGGUCAGAGAGAGAACACAGACACAGAGGUUUACUCCUGCAGACUCUGCAAUGAGAAGCUGUCCUCUCACUUUGAGCAGGGAGACCACGAGAGGGGUUGUCGACACGCAACCGUGUGCCCGUACUGUGGCCUCCGAUUCUCCAGCCCAGCGGUUAAAAAAGAGCACGAAGCACACUGCAAGUACAAGAAACUGACCUGCCUGGAGUGCAUGCGGACCUUCAAGUCCUCCUUUAGCAUAUGGAGACACCAGGUGGAGGUUCAUAACCACAACAUUAUGACUGUUAAGGAACAGCUGAGCCAUCAGGAGGAGAUCAAUGGAGAAGUAUCUGACCACCUCGGAAGGCCGCUCCAUACCCAGGAGUCUGUGGGAGCGGGGAGCUCCAGAGAGGACAUCAUCUACAGUGACUCUUCAGGUCCGCCUAUGUUCGACUCAGAGGAUUCUUUAUCAUUCGUGCCCGAGGACUUGAGUGUUAGCCAGCAUAAGAACGACCAUCAUGGCGAGCUGACAGUGAAGGAGGAGCCCAUUGAGGAGGCUGUGAGCGAGAGGGAGGACAUGACGUCUGGGGCCUCCAUUGAGCCCGAGGAGCCAGGUGUUUGGCCAUGUGAAAAAUGUGGCAAGCUCUUCGGUGGCCACAAAGACCUGGAGCGCCACCAGGAGCUGCUGUGCCACAUCAAACCCUUCAUCUGUCACAUCUGCAAUAAGGCCUUCAGGACCAACUUUCGUCUUUGGAGCCACUUCCAGUCCCACAUGUCCACCUCCGAUGAACCUGGAGUGAGAGAGGUCGAUGAUAGGCACCCUUCGUCUCCCUCCCCCUCACCACCACCGGCGGUCACACAAGCAACUGGACGUCCUGCCCCACAAGUUUCUCCACCUAAACCAAUGGAGGCAGAGCCAGUGGUAGCUAAAUCUGUGGUAGCUAAGGAUGAGGAGAAGCCUGUAAGCUCGUCGUCAAUGCCCAGGACCAAGAGGCCGGAGAUGGACAGAUCAUACAGUAGCCCCCUACCCAAGACGGAUAGUGUGGAUAAUCCUCUCACCCCUCAGGAAUCAGAAACCUUUUUUUACCAUGCUCCCACUCUCUCUGCCCUCACGUUUAAGAGGCAGUACAUGUGUAAGCUCUGCCACAGGACAUUCAAGACUGCCUUUAGUCUUUGGAGCCAUGAGCAGAGCCAUAGCCACAUUUGAAUGUGUCUCACUUCGACACCUGUGCUCUGUUUUGAGCCUCUGAGAUGAUACUUUAUGCUCACAGCAUCGUAAAAUAUCAAAUACAACUCUGUCUACACAAGAAAGAUUUUGAAUGUAUCUAUUGCUGUUGGUAGUUGGCUUUCCUUCAUGUUAUAUUUUCCAGUGGCCAUGUGUGUUGGUGUAAAGGUGUGAAAGUGAAUGUGUGCAAUUAAUUGCUAUUUYCCUUGUCAUCAGCUCCUUACAAAUGUUACUUAGCUUUUGACAUUGUUAAUACUGCGUAAAUAUAUUUCAGAUAACCCCCUUUGACUCGUCCUUACCUAUUAAAAGUCUUUUGAUUUAGGAAUUGCUGUACUGUACAAUUCAAGAUCAGUUAAGUGCUUUUGCUUAAAUUGUGAAUUUGUGUUGAUUGAUGCGUGACGAAUAUGAAUAUGAUAUUAGUGGCAUCGGGCAUCAUGUUUAUUGAUAUGCACUUGGCAAUUCUGUUCACUAUUAACAUUGCGCAUAUUUGUCAAAUUACAUUGAUUAAUUAUUGUUAUAUUAAUCUUUAUUUUAGAUCCUCUGCAUCCCAUUAACAUUUCAGCUAUAAUCUGUUUUGUACCAUAAAAUUAUGGUUUUCAUAUUGACUAUUCAUAUUAAUUCUUCUUUAUUCAGAUUUGGUCAUUGCCUUAGUGAUAUUUCGUGUAGAUUAUACAAGUAAACAAAACCAAAGAGGAGAUAGAUUAGCAAGGGGAUAAGAACUGGAAAAACGUGCAGUAUUUUAACUGACACUUUUUGUAGAUUCUGAGAAAAUAAAUUAUCUUUAUUUCUAUUUUAAUUUUAGGUAUCACACAAUAAAUUACAGAUCAUCAUGAAUGGAUUAUUGUGUAAAGAAUAAGGAAAAUAUGUACUUUAUUGGAAAUAAGUUUUGUUUACCUUCUGGGCAUGGUGUAUGGUAGAUUUUGUUGUAGGUUUUUUAAUGAUUAAUUUGGUACAAAAAUACAAAAUAACUUGUAUAGUAAUACAUACAGAAGAACGAAUUUGAAUGACCAAAGACAUGGGUAUUGUAUCACUGCUCUGUGACGGCUCAAUACCAGUAUGAUGAAGUCUGAAAUAGUUUGUAUGAUAAUUACACAAGUAAUCGUGUGAAUUGAUAGCAUGGUCUUAGCAUAUGCAUCCUGAGACAAUUGACAAAUGUUCUGUUAAAACGAAGCACAAUAAAUCGUUGCAGAUUAACUACUUUUUUUACUUGGAUAUUUUAAAUGAUUUACAGCCAAGAGCCAAUAAAGGUUUAAAAAAUGUAAGAACGUGAAAGCAAGACUUGCCCUAGGGGAAAAAGUGGGAUUUGGAAAAUAGUUCCUUUAUAACAGUCCAAUGUUUUUGGGUUGCUGUGAUUGUGAUGGCUUGCUAAUUACAGUACAUCUGGAAAAGAGGAUUUAAUUAUUGAUGAUAAAUGUUUUUAUCAUUUGUACACUGAUUGAGAAGACCGCAAUAACCACAGAUAUUGAUAUUCAGAUUUGAAAGAUGUAACUUUUUGAUGUUUAACUUCUGUGGUUAGGUUAAAACAAUGUAUUUAUAUUUGUGCUCUGAAUUUUUGUGGAAGAUCUUAAAAAAAGAAAUUGAGUUCAAAGAAAUUGAAUAUAAUUUUGUGUAUAUGGCGGUGUUUGUAUAACCUUACAUUUUUUAUCUUUAAUUAGUUUGUUUAUGAAAAUAGAUAUCUUUAGUAUUAUUCUAUUUCUGCAAUAAUGCAUAUUUGUAUGGGUUGCAUUAUUGUUGCUUUACAUAAAAGGCAGCCAUUUUGUGUUUUUUUACAGUUUUUGUGCUUGAAUUCUUUCUGUAAUAAAGAGUGAUAUUGCGGUA